ACGAGAUUUGGACGACUAAACGAGCAGCAACCGAAAUAAUAAAAGAAAUAUAAAAUUAAAAUAAUAAAUAUCAAUAAAAUAUCAUAAAACAAAUUGUGCAAUACGAAGAAUAAUUAUUCUAAUAUUCUUAAAAGAAAGUCAAAUUGAGUAUAAUUUAAAACUCAAAUUGUUCUUAAUAAUUUCAUGUGUUUAUGAAAAAAAACAGUGAAAUUACAUAUAUGAAAAACAAAUAAUUAAACAUGAAUUCCUAACUAGCAGUUUUAACAAAAUGUGUUUAAACAAUAAGUUUUAUUUAUAAAAAGUGACUAAUUUUAUGUAUUUCUUUAGUAUUAAAAAGAAAUUUAAUGUGAUUUUAAAUAAGUUGUUAUUAGAUUAAAGCAUUUUUAUUUAUAUCGUAUCCCCACCACAACUCUUUAACCAAAAUAAAAUGGCUAAACGAACGAAACCAGCACCUUAUUUGCACACAUUAUUCGCCGUAGCGCUGAUAUCGUGUGCUUUCCAGCAUAUAGAAGCUAUAAGUUGUCCGGCAAAUUGUAAAUGUUCUUGGAUAUUAGAUAGUCUGGAAGUGAAUUGUGCCAACAGCGGCCUCAUAGAGUAUCCGGAUUUUGAAUCUAUGCCCAUAGAACAUGUUGAUCUAUCCGGCAAUUAUUUCAUAGAGUUUCCUACUCAACUUUCGAAUUAUGAUUCUUUGAUAUAUUUAGAUUUAUCCAAUAAUCAAAUAGAAUAUUUGGAUCAGGAUGCUUUGUUAGGCUUCAAUGCCUUGAGAACACUUAUAUUGGCCAAUAACACCAUCAAUCGUUGGUUAAAUAUAAAUCCAAAUACGGUUUUUCUAAAUGCUAUGAGCUUGCAGCGUUUGGUUUUGAAUGGUAAUUCAUUGGAGAGUUUUAAUGUGGAUAAUCAUCUGGAAGUAAUUGUUAGUGAGUCUUUAAGUCAUUUGGAGUUGGAAAAUUGUGGCAUAUCUCAGGCUGGUGGUGAUAUCUUAAUGCAGAAUAUGCCCAAUUUAGAGAGAUUGAAUUUGAAUAAAAACUCUUUGGGCUCACUUAAUGCAUUGCCCUCUACGUCUUUGAGAGUUUUGGAAUUGAGUAAUUGUAACUUGCAGAGAAUACCACGUUCUUUAAUGGCGGGCCUACCAGCUUUGGAAUUUUUGCAGCUUUCCUGGAAUACUGCUUUACAAGUGGGUCGCUCAGAUCGCAUAGACUCGCUGACCCUUAACGAAUUAGAUCUAUCCUAUUGUAGUCUAGAUGAAAUUGAUCUCUCUGCAUUGCCCAGUCUCCAGCAAUUGCAUUUACGUGGCAAUAUGUUGAGAACCUUAACGGGGCAAACUUUUGAAAAUAACACUUUACUAGAAACCAUUGAUUUAUCGCGUAAUUCUUUGCGCUCUUUGGAAGCUGAAUCAUUUUAUAAAUUAAAAAAACUGGCUGCUUUAGAUUUGGCGUACAAUGAAAUAGCACGCUUGGAUCGCAACGUAUUUCGUUCGAAUGACAAUUUGGUGUCAUUGAAUUUAAGCCACAACGUUAUAGAUAAGUUUACCAAACUGAUAUCGAACUCAUUGCGUGAUAUUAAUUUGUCGUGGUGUGAAAUAAUAUUGAUUGAUGGCACCGCCUUUUCCAGUCUAUCGUCUUUGCAGAAACUAGAUUUGUCAAACAAUCUGAUAAGAGAUUUGCCAGCCGGCAUGAGAUCGGAUACUUUGCAAAAGUUGGACUUGAGUUAUUGUCGUUUGUCUGCUUUAAGCAAUACCACCUUUCAACACUUUCCCGAAUUGGCUCAACUCAAAUUAAAUGGCAAUCGUUUUACGAAUCCUUUUCCCCGAGAAUUUUUCCACUCCAAUAAAUAUUUAGAUGCUAUAUGGGUGGGAGAUAAUACCUGGAUUUGUAAUUGCCAAGACGCAACCUUUGUCGAUUUCUAUGAUUAUUUAACAACAGCACCCACAAGAAUUAAAGACCGCAAUAGUUUGCGAUGUGCCUCACCCACAUACAACUAUGGCAAGACUUGGCAGGCUGCCUGUGAGAGAGAUUGGAUACAAAAUGGUCGAACCAACAAUGCCGAAAAGCUUUGGACCACUAUAAUGCUGUCAGUAGUGGUUAUAGGAGCAUUAAUAUUCCUAUUUACAUGUUUCCAAAAAUACAUGGCUUGGAGAAGAAAACGUUUAGAUACUGAGGAGUAUCGCCGGAAUCAUGAUGAAAUGAGAGAAAUACGCCGUUUAAAUCAACGCAUUCUGGAUGAAGAAGCUCGUCCCAAUGCUCCCAAUAGUUUUGAAAAUACCUUGCCUUCCUACGAGGAUGCCCUUAGUAUGCCCAAACCAGUAAGACCCGUCAAAUCUAUGCUCGAUUUAUCGGAAGAAACCUCUAGAAGACGCAGACGCUUUAAGAGAAAUCGCACCAAUCCCGAGGAAGAUAUAGCCGAAGAAGAUGACCAAGAUAUACAAUAUGACUAUAGAAAUCGUUUUCGUAGUGAAGAAAUGCUUUCGAAUCGUGACAUAGAACGUGUACAGCAAAUAGGUCCCAAUCGGCGUACUGGUCGCAUAACACACAACAAUUCGGGUAGUCGUCGUUUUAGUAUAGAAGACUCACGCUUUCCAGCCGCCCAUUUAAAAUCUCAGAACCUGCAGAGUGCUGAAAAAAUAGGAAAUUUCCAAAGCUAUGAAAACAGUCCGUACACUAAACGAAAACCAAAAAUUGCUGAAAUUCCACCCUUUAAAAGAGCCAACCUAAGGGCAGACAGUGUUGAGUUCUUAACAGAUCCUGAAUAUGAGGCUACCAGUAAACCCAGCAGCCCCUUUGCUAGACGUAAACCGAAAUCACCUUCCCCGACUACUGCACUACUAGCCCCAGCUGUGGAAGAUUAUUUCAGUACAAAUACAAAAAUAUCAGACUCACCCGAGGGCAGUGAUUUCCAUGUUGUCAUUGAGCCCGAUAUUCAAUCACUAAAAGAUAUAAAUUAUGACUCCUCUGCAACAGCAUCAAAUCCAGAAGAUGAAUUGAUUAAAGGUAAACGCAAGAAAUUACGCAACUGUUCUAGUCGUCGUGCCAGUGGUAGUUUUAUUGCUGCAGCAGCUACGGCGGCAGCUAGUGGUGAAACUUCCGAGGAGGAACCCAUUGUGGUGGUUCAUCGACCCAUGCGUGAGACUUUGUUUUAGUUAUUAGAUUAUACAUACUAUAUUUAAAUAAGGUGUUUAAGUAUUUUAAAUUGUAAUUUAAGUCAUAAUGUUAAUAAUUUCCUAAAGUAUCUACAUCUAUG